AUUGUCACGUCCGGGUGCUUUUUGGGUGCCACACAGUGCUCGAUCGCGCCGCGAGUUUUUGCUGAAAUUUUCCGGUGGAAAAGUAAUAGAAACAAAUUCUCGCCCAACGUCCCGGAAUAGCUGUUGAGGAGCGAGAAAAAAUUGAGAAAUCUUUUUUUUUUACUUUAUAUUUUACUUGUUUUAUAUACCAGAGAUUACCUAUAAAUUACAUAUAUAGUAUAGUAGUUACAUAUGUAUAUGAAAGUAGUAGAAAAUUUUGCGAAAGAGACAAAAAAAGUGUGUGUAAGUGUGCAAAGAAAAAAAAAGAGGAAUUGACAGUGAUUUUUGGGAGGUGAAAGAGGGGUAGUGUAGUAUAGUGCGAUGGUGGUGGCCUAGGUCCCUCUGUAUGGUUGAUCUUGCCCAAAGGAAGAGAGCGCCAGCUAUUAGAACGACGGCAUGUCAAUAAAUUUUCUGGGGCGGCUGCGCGAGAAAACGUGAAAAAGUCUGUGGUGUGAAAAUUUUCUUAUAUGUGUAUGGUUGGAUUGAACAGGAAAAAAACGGAAAGAAAAAGAGCAAAGAAAAGUCAGGAGGAACAUUGUUGGUGAUUUGCAUCCCAGCCAAUUUGCUGUUGGCCUCAGUUCACAGCCCAUUUUGGAUGCUCUGUGGGGCCGGACAAGUGUGCUGCUGCAGCAAGCAUGGAGACAAGUGAUCAGUGAAAAAGUUGGUAAAAAAAAAUCCCACCAACCCUGUGUGUGCGGAGAGGUUGCGCCCCCAACAAGCAACUUGGAGAGAAAAAAAAAGAGAAAUUGAAGAAGAAAAAAACGAUUGAAGGGAAGAAAUUGUUCUUCAGAAGCAUUUUUUUGCGAACAAGAGUGGUUGCAACGCCUUGAAAAGGGUGCGCUCUACGCAAGAAUUCUGUGAAUACUCAAACACAUCCCCUGACUUAACCGUCUCUUUGCACGUUGCGCAAGUGGAUUAAGCAGGGUAAUUAGGUCACAAUGGCCACAAUAGACGGACGACCGGCCCAAUAUGGGAUCUCACUUAAGCAGUUGCGCGAGCUUAUGGAACAUCGUGGACGCGAGGGGAUUGCGCGAAUAAGUGAAUUUGGGGGUGUACAGGAGCUAUGCAAGAAACUCUAUACGAGUCCCAAUGAGGGUCUCAGUGGUUCACGGACGGACUCUGAGCAUCGUCGUGAGACAUUUGGUUCCAAUACCAUCCCACCAAAGCCACCCAAAACCUUCCUUCAGCUCGUGUGGGAGGCCCUCCAGGAUGUUACGUUGAUUAUCUUGGAAGUUGCUGCCCUCGUAUCGCUUGGGCUUAGUUUCUAUCAACCAGCAGAUGAGGAUUUGCCGGCUGCAAUUGCGGAUGAGGAGGAUCACCAUGGGUGGAUUGAGGGUCUUGCCAUUCUCAUUUCCGUUAUCGUUGUCGUCCUGGUGACGGCAUUCAAUGACUACUCGAAGGAACGGCAAUUCCGUGGGCUACAGUCCCGGAUUGAGGGUGAACACAAAUUCUCCGUCAUCCGGGGCGGUGAGGUGCAUCAAAUAAGUGUUGGGGACAUUGUUGUUGGUGAUAUUUGUCAGAUAAAAUACGGUGAUUUGCUACCGGCGGACGGGGUGCUGAUCCAGAGCAAUGAUCUCAAAGUUGACGAAUCCUCCCUCACGGGUGAGUCGGAUCACGUGAAGAAGGGUGAAAAUUACGAUCCAAUGGUACUCAGUGGGACCCACGUGAUGGAGGGUAGUGGCAAAAUGCUCGUCACAGCUGUGGGUGUUAAUUCACAAGCUGGUAUCAUCUUCACCCUCUUGGGUGCUGCUGUCGAUCAGCAAGAAGCGGAAAUACGAAAGAUGAAGAAGGAAGCUAAAAAGCAGCGGAAGAAGAAGAGUUUAACAGGUGAUGAUGGUGCAGCCCCUGCAGGUGGUGCAAUCACUAGCAAUAGUCACAUUAGCUCCCCAAUGCCCGUGAAGGAAGACGUGGAAGCUGGUGGGGAUUCUACGAAUAAUCACGUGCAGACAACAAGCCCAACGGAGGGUGGUGGCGGUGGGGGUGGCCACAAGAAGGAGAAGAGUGUGUUGCAGGCAAAAUUGACAAAACUCGCCAUACAAAUUGGUUAUGCUGGUUCCACAAUUGCGGUGCUUACGGUGAUCAUCUUGGUGCUGCAGUUCUGCAUUAAUACCUUUGUAAUUCAGGAGAAGCCAUGGAAGAAUACCUAUGCCAAUAAUCUCGUGAAACAUCUCAUUAUUGGUGUGACUGUACUCGUUGUUGCCGUACCCGAAGGUCUACCGCUGGCUGUUACCCUGUCGCUGGCCUAUUCCGUCAAGAAAAUGAUGAAGGAUAACAAUUUGGUGCGACAUUUGGACGCGUGCGAGACAAUGGGCAAUGCCACUGCCAUUUGUUCGGACAAAACGGGUACAUUGACGACAAAUCGCAUGACUGUCGUACAGUCGUACAUUUGUGAGAAGCUCUGCAAAGUCAUUCCCAAGUUCAAUGAUAUCCCAUCGCAUGUGGGCAAUAUGAUUAUUCAGGGUAUUGCCGUCAAUUCAGCCUACACCUCACGAUUACUCCCACCCACAAAUCCCGGAGAACUCGCCACACAAGUGGGUAAUAAGACCGAAUGUGCCCUCCUUGGGUUCGUUCAGGGUCUUGGCAUGAAGUACCAGACAAUUCGCGAUGAUAUCACCGAGGAAACCUUCACGCGUGUCUACACAUUCAAUUCAGUCCGAAAAUCCAUGUCCACCGUCAUCCCACGUCCAGGUGGGGGCUUCCGUCUCUACACAAAAGGCGCUUCGGAGAUUGUCCUGAAGAAGUGUUCCUUCAUCUAUGGGCACGAUGGAGUUUUGGAGAAAUUCACGCGUGACAUGCAGGAGCGUCUGUUGCAUCAGGUGAUCGAACCAAUGGCCUGCGAUGGAUUGCGCACGAUCUCAAUUGCCUACAGAGACUUUGUGCCCGGGAAGGCGGCCAUCAACGAGGUGCACGUGGAUCAGGAGCCAAAUUGGGAGGAUGAAGAGAACAUUGUGAAUAAUCUCACGUGCCUGUGUGUUGUGGGCAUUGAGGAUCCCGUACGCCCGGAAGUUCCGGAUGCCAUUAAGAAAUGCCAAAAGGCCGGGAUCACGGUGCGAAUGGUGACGGGGGAUAAUAUCAAUACAGCCAGAUCAAUUGCAACCAAAUGUGGCAUUCUCAAGCCCACGGAUGAUUUCCUCAUUCUCGAAGGGAAGGAAUUCAAUAGGCGCAUCAGGGAUUCCAAUGGGGACGUCCAGCAGCAUCUGCUGGAUAAAGUUUGGCCUAAAUUGCGCGUCUUGGCACGUUCAUCGCCCACGGAUAAGUAUACCCUGGUUAAGGGGAUCAUUGACAGCAAAGUCAGUGAGAAUCGGGAGGUUGUUGCUGUAACGGGAGACGGGACAAAUGAUGGGCCAGCCCUGAAGAAGGCCGACGUUGGCUUUGCCAUGGGAAUUGCGGGCACAGAUGUGGCCAAGGAAGCUUCGGACAUCAUUCUAACGGAUGACAAUUUCAGCAGUAUCGUCAAGGCUGUCAUGUGGGGACGCAAUGUGUACGACAGCAUUGCUAAAUUCUUGCAAUUUCAGCUCACUGUGAAUGUUGUGGCUGUUAUUGUAGCAUUCAUUGGGGCGUGCGCCGUGCAGGAUUCCCCCCUUAAAGCUGUCCAAAUGUUGUGGGUGAAUCUCAUUAUGGACACUCUGGCCUCGCUGGCACUUGCAACGGAACUCCCAACACCUGAUCUACUCCUGAGGAAACCCUACGGACGUACCAAGCCACUCAUUUCGCGUACAAUGAUGAAGAAUAUCCUCGGACAAGCUAUCUACCAACUCACCAUCAUCUUUGCCCUCCUCUUUGUCGGUGACAAACUCCUGGACAUUGAAUCGGGACGUGGGCAAGAACUUGGUGCUGGACCAACACAACAUUUCACAGUGAUCUUCAAUUCUUUCGUAAUGAUGACGCUUUUCAAUGAAUUUAACGCACGCAAAAUUCAUGGGCAACGCAAUGUGUUCGAAGGUAUCUUUACAAAUCCCAUUUUCUACGUCAUCUGGAUUGGGACCACCAUUUCCCAGGUUGUCAUCAUUCAGUAUGGUAAGAUGGCCUUCUCCACGAAGGGACUCACACUGGAACAAUGGCUAUGGUGCUUAUUCUUUGGCGUAGGGACCCUCCUAUGGGGUCAACUUGUCACAACUGUACCCACGAGGAAAUUACCCAAGCUCCUAUCAUGGGGCCGAGGACACCCUGAGGAAUACACUGAAGCCAUAAAUCUCGGCGAAGAACGCUUUGACUCAAUUGAUUCGGACAAGAAGCCACGUGCUGGCCAAAUUCUCUGGAUUCGUGGCUUAACACGCCUCCAGACACAGCUACGCGUAAUUCGGGCUUUUAGAUCAACGCUGGAGGAUCUGGAGGAGCGUCGAUCGGUGCAUAGUUUGCACAGCUUACGCAGCUCCCGCAGCCCAACGGGUAUCCUCCAUCAGCAGCCCACGGGGGCACAUCUAAUGGUACCCCUGAGUGCAUCCCAUCGGCUCCAAAGUGUCAACGGGGCCACAACCCCCGCGGAUAUUAUUUAUAUCGACGAGGAGCCAAAAGUGCCAUCGAACAAUAAUUCGCGCGGCGGCUUCAAUGAAGAUUUGCCGAAACCCGUCACGGAGACACGCAUAUAAUCCUCGCUAUAAAUCUUCUUCUUUUUUAUUAAUGUCGCUUAACUGUCCCUUAAAUUUUUUUCCAAUUUGCAUUUUACGGGAAAAAAACAUCUCGACGUUCCCCACGCCAACGCACACACAAACACAUCUUAAGCAUCCCUCCCCCCACCCAUUUUCUCUCGUUUAUAACUAUCUACAUAUAUAUAAAUGCCUCCCAGUUGUCCCUUUUAAAAGCGCUCCCCCCCCCUUACCCCCAUUGAUGCCUCGAUGCCAAUAAAAUGCCCUUUUUGGCAAUAAAAUUUAAAAAAAAGAAAAAUAUCUAAAUUCUUCAAUUUAUAACAUUUCAAAUUCCCAUUUUGCAUCUGAUUUUGAAUGAUUUUUCAAGGCUUGGAGAAGUUUUCUUUUAAUCGUUAAAUUAAUCUAGCUUUUUGUAAGCUUGUGUGAAAAACUAAUUGAUGGAAAGGUAAUAAUAUCUGCGAAUUUUGAACGUGAUGAAGGUCCUAAGAAUACCUCGAAACGUCAUGAAGAACAAUGGCGAAAAGUGGCGAAGUUAAUUCAUAUUUAACGGUCAUUAAUUAUUCAUAUGGAAACUUAAAAAAAAUUGAUUUAGAAAGGAGAUAAAAUGAUAAAAAUCGGAUUUUCGGUUUGAAUUUUUAACUGAAAAUACAAUAAUUGUCAUUUCAGUUAUACAAAUGAAGAGAUGCUAAUCUUUUAGAUAAAAAAAAACUCUUUAAUUGAUUUUCAAUUAAGCUUAAAAUAUCGCUAAAAUAAUUUUUUUUAAACUAAUCGAGAAAAUUCAAGAAAAAAAUCAGGGUUAAAGGGUGAGGAACAAAAGAAGAAUCUUGAGAAAGGAAUUCUGGCAAUAGAUGACGUUGAAAGAAUAGGAAAAGAUUCUGUCAAAAAAUCUAAAAACGGUGAAAAACGAAUAAUUAUCUAUUGAGAGAUUUCAGUUUAAUUGUAGGAUUCUCCUUAAGUUUUUCUUCAAAAGAUGCCUUUCAUUAAAAGUUCUUUAAGGAGAAAAUUGAGGUUAUCUUCGUAAUUUUCUUGUGAGCCAACUAUCGCCAUCUCUUAGCUUUUUUUUUUGUUUUUUAAAGCUACCUUUGAGAUUUUCUUGAGGGAAAAUUAGCUUUAUCUUCUGGAUAUUUUAUUAAACGAGGUAUAUUUUUCAGAAUUUUUAUCUAACUUGAGUAGUCUUGAGGAUUUUCUUGCUGGCCAACUAGCGCCAUCUUCUGUUAAUCUUGUAUCAUUUUAGAGCAAACUCAUCGACAUCUCUUGCUAUUUUUCUUUUGGAAUAAAUGUCUCUAUACAAAAAAGUUUGAAAAACUUCUCAAUUUCAACGCGUGCACAAAAAAGCCAAAAGAAAAUCUUUUCAAAAUCAGAUGAAAAAUGGGAAUGGGUAUUUUCUAAUCUCGGAUUUAAUUUUGAUAAAAAAAAAUCCGGCUUAGCGGAGAAGAAUGUUAAGAAAUGAUAUAUAUCGUAUAAUAAUGUAUAAUUCCACUUAUUUAUUAACUUUGUGAACUAAUUAUUAAGUCAAAAUCUUACGGAAUUUCUUUAUGGAAUUUUGACACAAAACAAACUGGUAGAAUAUUCUUUUUUUUUUUGUUUUUCAAUGCAAAGAAAAUAAAUAUAAAUAAGUCAUUAGAAUUUAAUCCAAACACAAAAAAAGAAAACAUUCUCGGUCCAAACAUUCCAAAGAAUUUACAAAAUUUUUCGAAGAAUUUAAAACUUAAUGUGAAAAAAAAAUGAAUUUAAAACAGAAUAUAUUCCUUAAAUUCUUUGCAUUGGAAAAUAAAAUUUCCUUUAUAAAUCUGCCUUGAAAUGAAAUAAGAAUUUAAAAAUCUUUGAGAUAAAAAAAAAUUCUCAGUGUGCAAAAACACAAAAAUAAAAACAAAUCUGAAAGAAUUUAAUAAAAGAAGAAAAAAUGAGGACUUACAAGCAAAUUUUCAAGAACAAAACGUGGUUGUACAGAGGAAUACCUCAAGUGAAAAAAUUUUUAUGAAAUAGAAAAUUAUUUCUAAAUGUCAUAGAAUUUUAGCAUUCUCUCGGAGUCUCUUAAACACACACAAAAGAAGUACAAUCUCAUGCACAACAAAUGGUUCUCAGUGAAUUUAUUUUUCUUUUUUACGAAGAAACUAACAUCUUAAUAUUUUUUUAUUUAAUAAAGAAAAAUUAUGUACUUUUUUUUAUUAAUUCAUUCCGACCAACCAGUAUUUUUAUUGCUCAUUGUUGUAUGAAUUUAACGCUUCCGUUGAGGGAAGUUUUCUAGUUGCAAAGAAACAGGGAUAAGAAAAAUGUUCAAGACGAUUUUUGGUAGAAAGAAAUUGGCGCUAGAGGGCUGCACGCUCGAUGUUUUCUGCCAAAAGAUGUCGUUUGUGUUUUUGUUGAUUUUUUAUCUCAAUGAAAGAAAUGAAUAAUAGUCAUUUUUAUUGUUUUUUUUUUUUUUUUUUGAUUUAAAAAUAUACUAAAAAGGUAAUAAAUAUUGAAAACCAAAUUAAAUAUAAUUUGAUUAAGAUAGAAAUCUAUUUUUCUGCGUUAAAAAGAACUUUCAAAGAUUGAAAGUGGCUACAUGAAUCUGGAAGGAAUAAAACAGCCUUAAAGCGAAAAUGCAGAAGAAAGAAAUUAACUGAAAUUUAUCAGUCUUUUAAAUUUUUUUUCAAUUAUUUUUUAACACAUGAAGAGCGAUUUGAGAGAUUUUGUGCGAAAAAAAAAUUAAAAACGAGAACUGCAAACUUAUCUUAAAUUGUCUGACAUUUUGCGUCUCAACGCUCCAAAAGCGCCUCUAACGGCAAUUUUUUUCUAAUUACUACGACGAGCCCUCUAGCGGGAGAAAAUAAUCUAAAUGGGAACAUUUCCAUUCUUCCCAAAACGAUCCAAGAAAACUUGAAAAGAAUUCUGCAACUGAACUUCUCACAUUUUGUGUUUUAUUUGCUUAAUUUUAAUAAUUAAAAAUUAGUAAAUAAACAUCAAGAGAAAAAUAUUCCUCAUUUUUGUAUUUUUCAAAUGCGUGGGAGAGCGGGGCUAAUAAAGUCACUUAAGGGUUUGGUAAAAGCCUAAAAUAUCAUAUUUCCUAGUUAGAUAGAACAAAAUGAUCUGAGAACGAGUUGUAGGGCAGUUAAUUUCCUAAACAAAUGAGCUAUACAUUUUGCUUUAUCUAUUUGGGAAAUAUGAUAUUUUGAGCUUUUUCUAAACCCUUAAGUGACUUUUUUAACCCCGCUCUCCCCUAUACCAUUUAAAGAAAAAAAAAAAAACAAACACAUAUAAUUAAUUAAUUAAUAAUUAAUUAAAAAAAGAAACUAAUAUAUUCUAAUUUAUUGCAGUUUAAUAAAGAGAAGAGAAAAGUAAAUUGUUAGAACUUAAAGAGAUAGAAGAAAAAAAAAACAAAAAUCAGUCAAUAGACAUUUAUUUUCUUUUUGAAAAAUAAAUGAAGAAAAAUGUAUAAAAGAAGAAACUCAAUUAGGACCAAAUCUCAGCCGACAAUUCUAAUCUUUUGCUGAAGGAUUUAUAUUUAAAAAUAAAUAAAACAACCUACAACUAAGGAAAGUAAAUGAAUUAAUUAUUUUAAAA